AUGGACAGUGGCAACGUCGGCGGCUGGGCGGUAAAGUCGCAACUCACGGUGGCCGAAACAAAGUGCUCUAUUUUGAUGAGCAAAAAUAGGGGUCUUCGGUUCUCUACGCAGGUGGCUGCCGAUCUCGCGUGGGCUGGGCACAGAGGUGAAGGGCGAAGGUUUAAACGGUUGAUGGUUGAGUGGAUCACGACGGCUUAUGGAGGUGCAGACCAGGUUCAUUGGGAAGGCGGUUGUGAUGGCUUCACGCGGCAUGCAACGCGGUGCACAUUUCACAUAACAGGAAGGCAAAGGCUUCCUGUUAGGGGCUGUUUCUGUGGUGGAAAGGAGUGUGAAGCAGGAGAGAUAGGCAGCAACUUGUUGGGGAAAGAAAAGUGUAAGCGACAACCCUUGUUUAUCAAAGCACCAAGACAGCCUAACAGCCAGAUUUCUGGAAUGAUUAAAGAAUCAGAAAGACUAGCCAGAUUGUUUUGUGAGAAGAAAUGGCCAAUUAUGGCAUUUCUUGAUUCUCAUCAUCCAAACAAGCCCGAGGAACCAUAUCCUCCUCAUUGUAUUGCUGGCACAGACGAGUCAAAUCUGGUUCCUGCUCUGCAAUGGAUAGAGAAUGAACCUAAUGUAACAAUAAGGCGCAAGGACUGUUUUGAUGGAUACUUGGGUUCAACUGAGGCUGAUGGUUCCAAUGUUUUUGUGGAUUGGGUGAAGAAGAAUCAGAUCAAAUAUUUACUGGUUGUCGGGAUAUGCACUGAUAUAUGUGUGCUGGACUUCGUAUGCUCUACAUUAUCGGCAAGGAAUCUUGGGUUUCUCACCCCUCUACAGGAUGUGGUGGUGUAUUCUCGGGCAUGUGCCACAUUUGACAUUCCUCUCCAUGUUGCCAAAGACACCAAAGCGUCUUUAGCUCAUCCCCAGCUUCUCAGCGCUUCUUCUCCGCCAUGGUCUAUGAUACAGAUUGGAGUGCCCCUCAAUGAAUGCUUAGGAGGCAUCCACCUUCUACAUCACGGCGGACCGGCGUAA